CACCGACCUUAAGCGGCAUAGUCAACGCCCACUGUAGUCUUCGGCGUCGCCGCGACUGCAGGAAAGCUGAUUUGACCAUGUCUUCAUUGUUGCUGCCUCCUACUGUCUUCCCUCCCCCCAAUGAUGACAACGACGGCGACGACGAUAUCUACAGAGGCCCCUUACCCCCUCCCCCUCCGUCACCGCGGCCAGACUCAGUUUUGUCCUCAUCGUCCUCAUCAUCGUCUUUAUCCGGUUCAGGUUUUGGUGUCGCCCGGCUGGGCACAAUCGCAACCGUCGUGGAGCAUGCAAUUUCUCGCUGGGCUCGAGGCGGAGUCUCCAGCUACUCGUCCUCGUUGGCUUCCUCGUCCCAGUCUUCCAUAGUCACACUUACGCGAUCCCAAAUGGCUCGGAGGCGGAGGCGUCGUUUGAGCAUGGGAAACCUCCACAGUGACCAGUCCGACCGGGAUAUUGCAGCGCGAAUUAGCUUGAUCAAGGCUCGGGAGGAGUCGAGGCUGGUUCCACGUCAAUUUACGCUAUACCUAUCUCCCGCAUACCGCAUCUUCGUGCAAGCUGAUAUCCCGGAAGGUUCUCAACAAGCACGGAAAUUGACCCUCACUUCUUCGUUACCAUUUGUUCUCAGUCAACUCGACACGGCUUUGAAAAAGGCCUCGAAAGCUCGCAGAUACCAAGAACGAGCUCGCCUUACCAGGAUACCCGAUACAGCUUCCGUUUAUCAAAAUAUCUUGCUUCCUCAAACCACCAUCUCCACUCGUCCAGCAUCUCUCGCUGACCUCAACGGAAUCCGAAGAAAGGGAAAGCAGCGAGACCUGGAGCCGUCGGUGGCAUCGAUAGGCAUUGUCAACAACCCGUCUCCCAAAACCUGGUUCCUCGAUGUGGCUUCCCCGACUUCAGCUGAUAUGCAUGCCAUCGGCAAGCUGCUUCAUCUUCAUCCACUGACUCUGGAAGACAUUUUACAGCAGGACCCGAGAGAGAAGCUUGAGCUUUUCCCAAAACUUGGUUAUUACUUCAUUUCCUUCAGAGCUAUUGAAAGCAUGGGCAGUCGCGAAGGCUGCCUCCACACUCGACUUCAUAGAAACGCGGAAAUUGGAGGCAGCCAACCUGAUGAAGGCAUAUUGGGGGAGGCCAACGUUUACAUUGUUGUGUUCAAUGAAGGUAUCUGCAUAUUCCAUUUCACAGACAUAUCGGAGCACACCGAUCGUGUUAGAAGCCGUCUUUUCAUGUUGGAAGAAGUUCGCAGCUUGUCUUCGGCUUGGAUUGCUCAUGGUCUAUUGGACUCAAUUGUCGAUUCUUUCUUCCCCUUCUUGGAAGAGAUCGAGAAGGAAGUGGUCGCGAUUGAAGAACUUGUCUUCUCUCUACGCCCGGGAGCUCGCCACGACUUCAAUCCAUCGCUAGUAGAGCAAGUCAACAAUCCGACGCCACUGUCUUCUGUGACCGUCCAUGGUGUCGAUAAGGAAAAGGAGCAGUUGUCCGAAAAACCACUACAGCAGGAAGACCUUAGCCUCCAAACUAGAUUUUUCCUUCCUCGGCCUCCGCUUCCUAUCCUGUUUAGAAGGAUAAAGCGUUUGUUUAGACAACGUCGAAAGCAGACUUUCACAAUGGAUACGUCUUCUUCCCUCAGUCCCACCACUUCGACCUUGCGUCGUAUGGCUAAAGCUCGCCGUCUCGUUACCUCCCUGACACGCUUGUUGGCAUCCAAGGCCGACGUCGUGUUACAGAUACGGAAGCGUUUGUUGUCAGGGCAUGAGAAAAAGACCGACGACGCUGAAAUCGCUAUUUAUAUGGGAGAUAUUCAGGAUCACAUUCUUACCUUGCAGCAUUCGCUAGCGCAUUAUGAGCGUAUGCUUAGCCAGUCGCAUCCUAUCUAUCUUUCCCAGCUGCGUACAUCAGUCUCUCUCACCAAGCCAGGCAUGGAUAAAUCUCUCAUCGUCGUGACGGUUGUCAGUAUAGGGGUCCUGUGCAUCCAAACAUUAAUUGGCCUAUGCUCGGUGAAUGUCACCAUCCCCGGUAAUGGCCUGACCCCUGAAUACCCGUAUUAUGGAUUUGGAAUUGUUAUUUCUCUGGCGGUAGUGAUUACAACCACUUACUUGUUAAUGGUUUGGAGGUGGUGGUUACAGGCAAAGAGGCGGCGUGCGAAGUACUGAAUGACGCUCUAGUAAUGAUAUUGGGUAUUUAUUUGGCGGCCUAAUAUAGAUAUUAUGGUACUUGUUAUUAUCCAGUUCUAUUGUUCGCCAUACAUGUACUGAGC